GGGGUAAUCUUGACGGCCGAGAAUUGGAGGAAGAGGAAGAGGAAGAGGAAGAGUACUCAGAAGAAGAUGUGAAUCACCUCUUACAUUGUUGGAUAGCAUAUUGUUGUGUGGUGGGAAAUUCUGAGAAGGUGGUUGAUUUUGGGGAAAGUGGUCCUGUUCGGUGCUCUCGUUGCAAAGGCUAUAUAAAUCCUUUCGUGAAGUUUAUUGAUCAAGGAAGACGUUUCAUCUGUAACUUGUGUGGGCAUACCGAUGAAACUCCACGUGACUAUCACUGCAACUUGGGUCCAGAUGGCAGGCGUAGAGAUGCUGAUGAAAGGCCCGAACUAUGCCGAGGAACUGUUGAGUUUGUCGCUACCAAGGAAUAUAUGGUGCGAGAUCCCAUGCCGGCUGUAUAUUUCUUCCUAAUAGACGUUUCCAUGAAUGCCAUACAGACUGGUGCAACUGCAGCUGCUUGCAGUGCGAUCAGCCAAGUUAUUACUGAUCUCCCUGAAGGUCCUCGGACAUUGGUUGGAGUUGCUACAUUUGACUCAACUAUCCACUUUUACAAUCUCAAGCGUGCAUUACAGCAGCCAUUGAUGCUUAUAGUCCCUGAUGUCCAAGAUGUUUACACCCCCCUUCAAACCGAUGUUAUUGUGCAGCUCUCGGAGUGCCGUCAGCACCUAGAGCUUCUCCUAGAAAGCAUCCCAACAAUGUUCCAGAAUAACAGGACUGCUGAUUCAGCUUUUGGGGCUGCAGUCAAGGCUGCUUUCUUGGCAAUGAAAAGCACUGGAGGCAAACUUCUUGUGUUUCAAUCAGUCCUGCCAUCUACUGGUAUUGGAGCCCUUUCUGCUAGAGAAGCUGAAGGAAGAACCAAUGUAUCAGCUGCAGAAAAGGAGGCUCACAAGUUGCUUCAGCCGGCUGAUAAAACUUUGAAGACAAUGGCUAUUGAGUUUGCCGAGUAUCAGGUCUGUGUUGACGUGUUUCUCACAACUCAAUCAUAUGUAGACAUUGCCUCCAUCUCGGUCAUCCCUAAAACUACUGGUGGGCAGGUGUACUACUAUUUCCCUUUUUCUGCUCUUGCUGAUUCUGCCAAGCUAUACAAUGAUCUUCGAUGGAAUAUCACUAGGCCCCAAGGGUUUGAGGCAGUAAUGCGUGUAAGAUGUAGUCAGGGCAUUCAAGUUCAGGAGUACUCUGGAAAUUACUGUAAAAGAAUUCCAACAGAUGUUGAUCUACCUGCGAUUGACUGUGACAAAACAAUUAUGGUGACAUUGAAACAUGAUGACAAAUUGCAGGAUGGUUCAGAAUGUUCUUUUCAGUCUGCCGUUCUUUACACUACUAUCGAUGGCCAAAGAAGAAUCCGAGUGUCAACUUUGGCUCUGCCUUGCACGAUCGUGUUGAAUAACAUGUUUCGAANGGGGG